UCUCCUGGUCUGCGUUCUGACUCUUCUUUGGAACAGAGCUUAAGGAUCACUGUUGGCAAUGAUCACUUUUGUGUUACCACACCAGAACGGCGACGGCUUAGCGAUCGACUGGGAUCACCAGUGGAUAAUCUGGAGGACAUGGACAGGGAUGAUCUGACUGAUGACUCUGUCUUCACUCGAAGCUCCCAAUGCUCUCGGGGUCUUGAGAGAUACAUUUCCCAGGAGGAGGAGCCUCUCAGUCCCUUCGUGGGACAACUUGAUGAGGACUACCGAACAAGAGAAACUUUCGUGCAUCGAUCUGAUUAUAGUCCCCAUAUCAGUUGUCAUGACGAGCUGUUGCGGGGAACAGAACGAAAUAGAGAAAAACUCAAAGGCUCCUACUCUAUACGCUCUGAGGAGAGGAGUCGGGAAGCCAAAAGAGUCCGUUAUGAUGAUACAGAGAAGAUGCACAGCGUGGGAGGGGAUCAUCCAAGUUUUACAUCAGGGACUCGCAACUAUCGACAGCGUAGACAAAGCCCAAGCCCUAGGUUUCUAGACCCUGAGUUUCGAGAGCUGGAUCUUGCCAGGCGAAAGCGAGAGGAAGAGGAGGAACGAAGUAGGAGCUUGAGUCAGGAGCUGGUGGAAGUUGAUGGUGGUGGCACUAGUUGUUCCAUCCCUGGAUUAUCAGGUGUCCUAACAGCAUCGGAGCCAGGAUAUUCUUUGCAUCGGCCUGAGGAAGUGUCUGUGAUGCCCAAGAAGUCCAUUCUGAAGAAGCGGAUUGAGGUGGACAUGGAGCCUUCUAUGCAGCUCGAGAGUUUUUCCAGCAGUACCAGCUCUAGCCAGGAUCACCCCCUCUACUCUGGACACCCAUCUCUUCCACUAAGUGGUGCUAUUGCUGCCUUUGCCUCAGAGAUUGAAAACAAGGGGACUAUGGUAGAGACUUCCCUGAAGGAACCUCAGGGCAACCUCUACCAGUGGGGUCCCCUCCCUGGAAUGCCCAAAGAUAAUAGUCCUCUCAGAGAAAAAUUUGAAGGUUUUCUGUGCCGCAAGGAGAAAUUGGAUAAGAAGGCUGAGGGACCUGAGAGAAACACAGACUUCUUACUGCCCCAUGAGAAAGCUAGCCAGGAUGGCAGUGGUUUUUCCCGCAUUCUGAGCAUGUUGGCUGAUUCUACCAGUACACAGGAAAAAAGGCGACGUAGCUUCCCUGACAUUGAGGAUGAGGAGAAAUUUCUCUAUGGGGAUGAAGAAGAGGACUCAAAGGCAGAAUCCCUACCAAAGCCCCAUGGGGGCUCUGAAAGUGAAGUUAUGAGGCAAAACGCAAGCUCCCUGCCCUCUUCAGCUCCAGCCGUAAAGCUAGAAGAGACCAAUCCUGAAUAUGCCAAGAUUCAUGACUUGCUCAAGACCAUAGGGCUGGAUAUUGGAGUAGCAGAGAUUAGUAAACUGGCUGCGCGCACCCAGGAACGACUUCAUGGCAAGAAGCCAUCAUCACGCUCCUCAGCUGACCGCUGUUCCUCAGUUGACCGGCAUUUUUCAGCUGACCGCUGUUCCUCAGUUGACCGCCAUUUCUCAGCUGAUCGGCGCUCCUCAGAUCCCCACAGACUGGAGAUCAGGGAUGCACACCAUAGCAAUACUCUCUCCCCAGAGGUGUCCCAUCCACACCCAGCCUCCCCUGUGGAUCCUUACCUACUCACAAAAAACAGCCCCCCGUUCCUAAAGUCUGACCAUCCAAUGGGUCAUAUUUCAGGACCAGAGGUGGUCGGCAGUGGGUUUCAGUCAUCUGUUGCGGUCAGGUGCAUGUUGCCAUCAGCCCCAUCUGCCCCAAUUAGACUUCCACAUUCUGCCUCUUUAUCUCAGUUUCAUAUGCCAAGGGCCUCUCAGUUUGCUGCAGCUCGGAUACCUCCAAACUACCAGGGACCUGCCAUUCCACCUGCCUCCUUUGAUGCCUACAGGCACUACAUGGCAUACGCAGCCUCAAGAUGGCCCAUGUACCCCACCUCUCAAUCGUCAAACCACUCUUUACCAGAACCACACAGGAUAAUGCCAGUAACCAAACAAGCUACUCGCAGCCGUCCUAAUCUCCGUGUGAUCCCUACUGUGACUCCUGAUGAGCCCAAGCAGGAGGAGCCAGUGCUAGGCUCAAUUCCUGCAGCCCAAGUGCCUGUCCAGGUGUCCAUCCCAUCACUCAUAAGAUAUAAUCCAGAGAAAAUCUCUGAUGAGAAGAACCGUGCUUCCCAGAAGCAGAAGGUUAUUGAAGAGAGGGAAAAACUAAAGAGUGACCGGGAAGCCCGUCAGAAGAAGAUGUACUAUCUCAGGACCGAAUUGGAGCGGCUUCAUAAACAACAAGGGGAAAUGCUGCGCAAGAAACGAAGGGAGAAGGAUGGCCACAAAGACCCACUCCUGGUGGAGGUGAGUCGGCUUCAGGAUAACAUUAUGAAGGACAUUGCAGAGCUACGACAAGAGGCAGAAGAGGCAGAAAAGAAGCAAUCUGAAUUGGACAAAGUGGCUCAGAUCUUGGGAAUUAACAUCUUUGAUAAAUCCCAGAAGUCUUCAAAUGACAGUAAAGAGCUUACAGAGAAGGCUGGGAAAACAGAAAAAUCUAAGAGCCCAGAAAAAGUGUCAUCGUCCUCAAAUUCCUCCUCCAACAACAAGGAGUCAAAGCUAAACAAUGAGAAGUCUUGUACUAAGAGCCCCAAGCCUGCCGAAAGCCCCCAGCCAGCUACUAAGCAAUCUGAUCAGCUCACUGCUGUUUAUGAGUAUUACGAUGCUGGCAAUCACUGGUGCAAAGACUGCAACACCAUCUGUGGGACCAUGUUUGACUUCUUCACCCAUAUGCACAAUAAGAAGCACACACAGACACUGGAUCCCUACAACAGACCUUGGGCUUCAAAGACCCACAGUGAGGCCAAGCAAGAUGCUGUAAAGCGCACUGACAAGAUAACUGUUCCAGCAAAAGGCUCUGAGUUUCUGAUUCCCAUCACUGGAUUUUACUGCCAGCUCUGUGAGGAAUUUUUGGGGGAUCCAAUUUCUGGGGAGCAACAUGUGAAGGGUCACCAACAUAAUGAGAAAUACAAGAAAUAUGUGGACGAAAACCCAUUGUAUGAGGAGCGACGGAAUCUGGACCGCCAAGCUGGCUUAGCUGUGGUCCUAGAGACAGAACGGCGACGGCAGAGUGAGCUAAAGCGCAAACUUAUUGAGAAACCAAAGGAGGAGAAGAAAGAAAAAAAGGCAAAGGUCAUGAAAGAAGUAAAGGAUGAUGACACAGUCUCUGAGGAAUUAGAAGACCAACUCUCUGAGGGUAGGAACUCCCUUGAAAAAGCUGAAAAUAAAAGGAACACCAGCAUCAAACUCCAAUUAAAAGAAGAGGUAAAGAAGGAUUCACCAGCAUCAUCUUCUUUUGGGAAAUUCAGCUGGAAAAAGCCAGAAAAAGAGGAGGAAAAAAGUUCAGUGGUUGCCCCAAGUAUCCCUAAAGAAGAGAUCAUGGAAAGCAAUAAGGACAAAGAGGAUGGCAAAACUGAAGCUGGAAGGGCAAAGCCCAUCAAAAUCAAGCUCUCUGGGAAAACCGUUGUUGCACAUACCAGCCCUUGGAUGCCUGUUGUGACAACUUCAACACAGACUAAGAUCCGACCCAACCUGCCUAUUCCAUCCACAGUACUCCGCAAGUCAGGUUCAGCGACAGUGAGCAAACCAGCUCCUCUUAACACCUUUCUGUCCAUCAAAUCCUCUGGAACCACUGCUAAACCUCUGCCAGUGGUUAAAGAGUCUUCAGCUGAUCUCCUCUUGCCUCCAGACAUCAUCUCCAAAGCAUUUGGAGGGGAAGAGGUGAUUCUAAAAGGGUCUCCUGAGGAAAAAAUGGUGCUGGCUGAAAAGAAUGAGCCAUCCCAUAUACCAGAGCAAAUAUUACCACCCCCUCCACCACCUCCACCUCCACCCCCUCCACCACCCCCAGCUAUACCUCAUCCAGCUGCCCCGUCUGCUGCGCAAACAAAUGUUGUCUUGGCUCCAGUAAAAUCAAACCCAGUUGUAUCUCAGACUCUGAGCCCUGGCUUCCUGGGUCCUAACAUUUUGAACCCAGUAUUGCCUGUAGCCAUCAUGGCCUCAACACAGCCAGCUGCCGUUCCUUCUGAUGAGACAGCUCCUGGGGUGAGUGAGAGUGACCGGGACCAGACCCUGUUCUCUGUGUUAGUACGUCCUCCACCACCCCUCUCAAGUGUGUUCAGUGAACAAGCCAAAAAAUUGGAGAAGCGAAAUUCAUGCUUAGCCACGGCCAAUGCUAAGGACCUGUAUGACAUAUUCUACAGUAGUGGUGGAAAGGGGGCCCCUGAGACUAAGCUGAGUGGGAGUCCGUUGGCCAAUGGGGAAAAUAGCAACCUCUCUAGAGCUGAAAGUUCAGACACCUCUUCCACUUCUACUUUGAGCAAUAGUGCAUCCCAAGAGAAGUCUCAAGAUAUUGUAGUCAGCAACUCUGAAAAGCCCAUUGCAAAAACUCUGGUGUCCUUAGGGAAAUGGUCAGUUGUAGAACACAUAGACCCAAAAAGCAGAGGGAGCAGCUAUGGCUUCUUACAGCCUCUGACAAGGUUGUGUCAAAGCAGGCGUUAUGAAACUCUGACCCCAAAGACGGAUACUUUGGCCAUGUGGACUUCUAGUUCUUUCCAGAAUGACACUAAUAGGGAUAUAUCUCCAGAGGAGAAAACUGAGCUUGACCUGGGAGAGCCGGGGCCACCUGGUGUAGAACCAGCCCCUCAGCUCUUAGAUAUACACUGCUAUACCAAGGAAUCUCAGAAGUUGGUAGAAAUUCACCUCAUAGAAUCUGAUAACCAGAAUAAAGAAAGCCAAGAGCUCCACCAUUCUGAGGAUUGUGGAGGAAGUGAGGUAGAGACAAAUACUGAACUAAAAGGAAGGGUAGCAAAGCUCUCUGAGGGGAUAGUUGAAGAGGGAGCAGGGCCCAACAUUGGGCCUCACAGCAUAGAAGAUUCUAAUUUCAAUCAUGGGAACAGGUUCAUGUGGGAGGGAGAAUUAGAACAGCCUAAGUUGCUAAUGAUUGACAAAGAGGCUGAGCAGUCCAAGAAAUUGAUGACAGGAAGUGAAACUCCAAGUAAAGUAGUGAUUGAAUUGAGUGCACAGGCUCUCUCUUCCACAAAGGCAAAAAUAGACUCAUUUCCUUCAAAAGCCAGGUCUUUAUUCCAGAACCCACAAGAUAUACCUGGGAAAAUUUCUGCCCUGGAAUUGAAUCUUCAAACCCCAGUCAGAUCAGCUAUGUGUUUAACAGAUAGUACACAGGAGCAAGGAGUUUCAGCUGGUAGUGAGGAGUGGCUAGAAAAUUCAGCCCCAGAAUCAGCAUCUAGAACUUCUAGGUACAGGAGCCUCCAACUCAAGAGAGAAAAAUUUUCAAAAGACUUUCAAAGUCAAAAGAUCUGUGAGCUGGCUGUUUGGAAUGAGAACAAGAAGCCAGAGACCCAGGAGAGCCUGGAAAAACCAGAAGUGGAAGCUCUGGAGCUACGAGAUGUCCAUCCAGAAUUAACAGUGACAAUAGAAAGCAAGGCCUUAGCAGACUUUGAAGCUACAGACUUAAAGGGGCAAUUCCAGAAGCCUUCAGAUUUCCAAAAGGAGGGACUACAGCAGACAUUUCUGCCCCAGGGAGGCAGGCAUAGAAGCCACAGAGACCAUGGAAAUGAGCGCCUUUGUGGCCAGUAG